UUGGUGUGCCAUCCAUUCGUGAAAAAUUGCCAGAAUUUACGUUUAUACAUGCAGAAUAAUAAAAUAUAUCAAUGUGCAUUAUUUUAGAGAUGACAGCAUUUUCAAAGACACCCCAGUUGUUAAAUAUAGACUCGUGACGUCACUUUAUAGGAAAUGACUAAAAAGAGUGGUCAGUGCGCAUGCUCAGUUUUCUUUGAGAUUGGAAGGGAGCGACUGGGCGGCGUUUCUUUUCACACGUUUCACCUGAAAGCAAAUCGAAAGCAUAAACUUUCUCGUGGCCAUUCAUUCAACAGACUUCUACCAUCUUCUGCCUUGAGAUAUUUCCACCAUGUUUACGUGGAUGAAAAAGAACGAUGCUCACAAGAACCCGCAAGUUUUUAACUCCGUUGUAGAUGGCUUGAAGAAACUCUACUUCAAGAACUUGAAACCGCUCGAGGAGGCUUACCUCUUUAAUGAUUUUCACUCGCCGGUUAUGUCCGAGCCUGACUUUGUGGCCAAGCCCAUGGUGUUAUUAGUUGGUCAGUACUCUACUGGCAAGACAACGUUCAUUCGGUAUCUGCUUGAAAGAGACUUUCCAGGCAUCCGAAUUGGCCCUGAACCCACCACCGAUAGUUUCAUUGCUGUGAUGCACGGUGAGAACGAACAAGUCAUUCCUGGAAACGCGUUGAUUGUUGACCCCAAGAAACCGUUCCGUACUCUCAGUUCCUUUGGGAAUGCGUUUCUGAACAGAUUCUGCUGUUCGGAACUUCCAAGCGGUGUCCUUGAGAGCAUAACAAUAGUGGAUACUCCAGGUAUUCUUUCGGGUGAGAAGCAAAGUGUCUCUCGCGGAUACGAUUUCACUGGAAUUCUGAAAUGGUUCGCCGAACGCUGCGAUCGGAUAAUACUCCUAUUCGAUGCGCAUAAGCUCGAUAUUUCAGACGAAUUUCAGCGUGGCAUCGAAGUGCUUCGCGACUACGAUGACAAGAUUCGAAUUGUGCUGAACAAGGCUGAUAUGGUCACAACUCAACAGCUGAUGAGAGUGUAUGGAGCGCUGAUGUGGUCCCUUGGCAAGGUAAUCAAUACUCCUGAAGUUGCUCGUGUUUUUAUCGGGUCGUUCUGGGAUCAGCCGCUGCAAAUGGAUGAAAAUCGAAAAUUGUUCGAGUACGAAGCCAACGAUCUCUUUGCGGAUAUUCAAACCCUGCCCAGGAAUGCUGCACUACGAAAGUUGAAUGACUUCAUCAAGAGAGCACGUCUGGCUAAGGUCCAUGCCUACAUCAUUGCUGAGCUUAAGAACCAAAUGCCAUCUGUUUUUGGCAAAGAUAAGAAAAAGGAGCAACUGCUUAACAAGCUGUCUGAUGUGUACAUGAAGAUCCAACGAGAACACAACAUCUCACCAGGUGACUUCCCUCCUGUUUUGAAGUUCAAAGAGCAGUUGCGCAAGUAUGACUUCUCUAAGUUCAACCCAUUAAGAACCAAGCUGAUUGAAUCACUUGACCGCAUGUUGGCUAGCGACAUUCCACGACUUAUGGGCAUGAUACCAUUGGAGAAGGAAACUGAUUAUGAUGCAUCUGUAAAAGGAGGGGCUUUCUCCGUCAGCCAUUCAACCAACAAUCCCUUUGCAGCAGGAGCUUGCCGGGGUGCUCUACUUGGUGCUGGAUCUGAUGUUUGGAUUGUCGAAGAGUAUAAAGAGGAGUAUGACAGGAUCUUUAAGAGCUUAGGCCCGAAGAAUGGAAAGCUUACUGGAGCAGUUGCAAAGAGGGAGAUGGUUAAAUCAAAACUUCCAAACACAGUUUUGGGUAAAAUUUGGACUCUAGCAGAUAUUGAUCGUGAUGGACAGCUAGAUCAGGAUGAAUUUGCUGUGGCAAUGUACUUGAUCAAAAUCAAGCUAGAUGAUGAUGAUCUACCAGAUGAACUUUCUUCUCAUCUGAUUCCACCAUCGAAGCGUCCAGCAGCUUCUAAUGGUAUGGACUAUGAUUAGUAAUGUAAUAUAUUUACUGAACUAAAAGUUCCAUGUGGUGGAGGAGACAUUCCUAUCAUUGAAUCUAGACUGUGGGUCAGAAGACAGUUCUUGUUUUGUGUCCCAUUUGGUUUUCUCUUAAGAGAUCUGCCAGUGACUGAAGAUUUAAUGCCUUGUGAUUUUUAGAUAAAUUUAUUAUUUUAGAAACUCAAUUUUAUCCCACAAAUUUGGAGUAAGUCUAGACUAGAGUACUUGAAAAAGGUACUUUUGAGUAGCAAGCUGUAUUUUAAAACUAGAUGGCAGCAGUAGUAUUACUUGUAUUAGUGCACAAGACAGAAACAAGAAGUGUGUAAACUGCAGUUUAUUGGCCAGCUCUUCCCUCAUCGUCAGGGCUCCAGACCAAUGGUAGCUAAUUAAAAUUUGGCUAGAGGGCACAAUAACUGAUGAUCAAAUCAAACUAAGCAAUCCCAUAUAGUUUUGCAAAUUUGAGUGAUAUCUGAAUUUUCACAAAGUAACAUAAUUAUGUAGACUGAGCUAAUAAAUUAUGCCUCAAAGUGAGACAUGCAAAAAUAAUUAAAAUACUGUUCAUAGCAAAACAUGACUAGUGGAAAAUAUGUCCUAUUGAAAAUACUUUUUACUUGUAAAAUCGAAUGUCACAAACCAGCAGAGCAGAGUGUUAAAAGGUUGGUCUUGAGCCCUGAAAAAGAGAAACACCUUGAAGAAGGACUGCUGUCAUCUUGAUCCAAUAUUAUGCUCCAUUAAAAGUCAUAAAUAAGAUUAUAGGUCGGGGUUUAAUCAAGGUUUAUGUCAAAACUCGUAAACUCAAGAAUUCAAUUUUUUUUUUUAAACUAAGUUUAUGUCCAAGUUUGUAAGAGUGGAUUAAUGUAACAGGACUCCAGUAAUUGGAUUGUCAUAUUUAUUGCAUGCUGAUGCAUUUAACAAACAAAUUUCUUCAACUGCAGUUCUGUAGAUUCGCUUGGUAAAUUGAGCUUACAAUAAAUUGGGUUGGGGAUAAGGCUCAAAACAAGUUUCAGUUGUUUUUUCCUUGGAAAUUUAUAGAAGAUUUGAUCCAGGAGAUGAUCAGAAAUUCAAUGGCAAACAUUGUGAUGAUACGAGUGACCUUUGGAAAAUAUUUGAUCUUCUGAAAGUAGUCAGGAAUCUCAUAUUAAUCUUCAUAAAGUACAGUGCAAAAGUUUCAAAGGAAGGUAGAAGUAUUGUCAAUGAGUAUAGUGCAUCAUAAAAGCCCAGAUGUUAAACUUGGGUUUGCUGUAAUUAAUUUUGUUAUGUAUUGGUAAAAUUUAUCAA